AUGGAAGAUAUGAAGGAAAUUCAAGAUCCAUUUUUUGAAGCGAAAGAGAAUGUUGUUUUAAAGCUGUCAGAUGUUUGUCGUUUGCAUGAUUUAUAUCUUAAAAUGCAGAAGGAGAGAUGUGUUGAGUCAUCAAUGGCGUUAGCAGAUGUUAUGAAGGAGUUUCGGGAAAUGGUUGAUGAUAUUGACAAUGAUCUAGUGGAUUUGGAGGAAGUAGUUUGUGUUGUUGAAAAUCAACCUGAAAAAUAUGGUAUUUCGAAUGAAGAAUCCUUAAAACGGCGUGCGUUUGUUGAUCAGGUUCGAAGUAAUUUGGUGCAGAUACAAAAAGACUUGGAGAACCCGUCUUCUGAUCCUUUGGAUUUGAAAAAUAAGGCAUGUUCUCAGAAUUCAUCUUUAUUACCUGAAAAACCGUUGAGAAGGGAUUCUGUAUCAAAUAUAGAAUUAGCACAAGAAUAUCAAUCUCUAAUUAUGAAUGAGCAAGAUACUCAAUUGGACUAUGUAUUUGGAACAGUGCAAAAUUUAAGAGAACAGGCAUCGAUUAUGGGUAGAGAACUUGUGGAACAAUCUGAGUUGAUUGAAGAAGUAGAUAUGCGAAUAGAAAGAACAAAUGAGAAAUUGAAACGAGGAUUUAAAAAUAUGAAACGAAUAGUUGCUCAAAAUGAAGGUUAG